AUGACAGCCCCCAUCGCAAACGCCAACGAAAUCGCUGCCAUCUGGUCCCAGGUGCAAGCCCGUGUCAUCCAACUGGCCGGUGGUGAUCCCAGCGUCCUGCAGCCCAAUCUCUCCAUCGACCAAGUCCUCCUCCAGCUCGACCAGGCCCAAAAGGCCCAGCGUCACUCCGACCAGAAAUAUGCCGCCAUUCGUUCCACCUUUCACAGCACCCUCAAGUUCAUCAAGACUUGCGGGGGUUUCCUCGCUCGUCUUUCCUCCGAGGCCUUUCCUCCAUCAGAACUCUGUUAUAAUGCCUUGAGCUUUGUCAUUCGGGCAUGGCAGGGCUACGAGGGCGUCUUCGAUAGCCUCGCGGGUCUACUAAGCAAAUGUGUCCAGUAUCUCGGCCGUUUGGAAUACUAUAUUCACGGAGGCAUGGACGCCCAACUGUCCAAGGUCGCCUGUCAACAUUUGCAGCUCUUCGUUGAAAUAUGCGACAGAACCAUCAAGCUCCGAAAUUCCACGCGAAGGAAGCUCUUUGUCUUCUCCAAGAUCUUCUUCCUCAACGAUAAUGACAUUAAUGAUUUGCUUGGGAUGAUGGAGGGUCUGGUCGAUCAAGAGGGUCGUCUGGUCACUGCACAAAUAUUCGACUUUACCUCCGAAACCCUCUCUAACACCCGCGAGACUCUCUCCAUCAAUCGUCGCAUGAGUAGCAAGAUGGAUGUUCUCAUGGAGGACCGCUUCGACCAGCGCAAAGAGAACGACCUCAAACGGCGACGAGAAGCCAUCCUGCGGACACUGGCCUUUGAUGACAACAAGAUUGACCGUAAAACCAAAGAGCCAGAUCCCUAUUGGCAGCGCACCUACAAUAAUUAUCGAAAAUGGGUGGUCCCGAACACUGGUCAAUGGAUCUUUAACGAUCCUGAUUACACAGCGUGGGAAAAGUUUCGUCCUAGAACCCCACCCAUCCUUGCCAUUGAAGGUAUGGAGGGCUCUGGCAAGAGCUACUUGGCUACUACCAUUAUUCGAAAUCUUCGAAACCGUAGUGGCGCUGAGAGUUCCGGUCCCAGGAAUCUAGUGGGUUUCUAUUUCCUUGAAGGUGAUCCGAAGGAGGAGCUGAAGAGGACCGGCAGUCUCGAUGUUAUUGCCAAGUCAUUUGUCUGGCAAUUUGUUCAGAGUGAUGCCUCGUAUCUUAAAUCAGUUGCUGGGAUUUGUGAUGAGGCCAAAGAUCUGGAUCCCCAUGAAAUCCCCAGCCGAUUGCUAUUCAACAAUGCUGACCUGCCACAUAUUGAUGCUACUUUCUAUAUAAUCGUUGAUGGUAUCAGGGGCACCAUCACCGAGCCGAUGAUUAAAUUCUUGCAACAAGUAUCCACCCCGAACCGACAUGUUCGAGUCCUCUUGACGGGCCAUCCAGCAGUCUUUGAGCAAUUGGCUACCAUUAGGGGUAUAUCUUAUACAAAGAUCUCCAUCAAUGCGAAAAACCGUCCUGAUGUGGAGCUGUAUACCGAGUCAAGGAUGAAUGAUGUCGAUGCCCUCAGAGAUACAGAACGGCUGGGUGUUCCGGCCUUACGAAAGAAGAUUCGUGAUAGCCUCUGCGAGAAGACGACCGGUGACUACUUCAAGAUCAACACUAUUCUCAAACACAUCAACACAUUGGAUUAUGUUAAGGAUAUCGACCAGGUCCUUGAAGAUGCUGGGAAGGAGAGAUCUCAGCAGAUCCUCGGAGAGAUUGAAAAGCUGAACACCAUCCGUAGCUCUAAGGAAAUUGCCGAGAUCAAUGAAAUCAUCAUCUGGAUUAUAUACGGUAGAGAAUGGUUUACACCCCCACUGAUGGCUUCUGUACUUUACCUGAAAACUGGGGAGCUCUCCUUACUGCCUCUGGAUACCAAACUCCAAACCAGAUAUACCCUGUUUGAAGUAGACAGCGAUGGAGAUAUCGACUUUCGGUCACUGGAAAUGGCCAGGAUAAUUCCUGACCGAAGCAGGAGUAUGAACGAUGGCUUUAGCCCAGAGAGUGCAAAACGAAUCCAGCCCACCGAGGUGUCAAUGAUUCGACACUUUCUCACGACAGUCUGUCCACCAGAAGUCUACGAGAAGUUUGAUUUUGAAUCCUUUUUCGAGAACAAGCUUAGUCGUAAAGAAGGGCAAAUCUGCAAAGAUGACAAGGAUAAUGCCGAGAUCAAGCUCGCUUUUGCUUGUUUACGUAUCCUAACCGAGGAACGGGAUUCAAGACGAGAUCUUCUCCAUCCCUAUUCUGUGAGAUAUCUUCUGCAGCAUCUCUCGUCGGUGGAUCUCGCUUUCGCAGAUAGGGAGUGGAAAAGUGCCGUGGGACCUCGUCUUUUACAGUUAUUCACAGAUGAGCCGUCCAUCGACUCUCUGGUCUGGACUGAUGUCCCGGAAAAAGCACCCAUGUUCAGGUGGAAGACUCGUUCUGCCUGGCUAGAUGGCGAAGAUGCUAUCAACGAGAUCCUGAGAUGGUUCCGGGAUUCAGCGGUUAUCUCAAAAAUCACUGACCAGGCCUGUAGAGCGUGGAUUGCCAAUUUGGUAGCCAGCCCUCAGCCAGGUGAGAUCUUGCUCAAGCCCCUUGCGAGGAGAAUGGCUGUGCAUUGGUUGCGAGAGCCGUCUCAGUUGAACCUGGCCCGGAAUGCCUUUUAUUUUAUAUAUCGCUUUAUGAACAAGAUGGACCACAUUAAAGGCAUCCCAAAUCAUACAAAGAGAGUUUGCAAGAAACACCACGAGCACGACCACCCAACCCUGGAAACAAUCCACGAAAUCGAGGCAUGUUCCGAGGAGCUACUAAAAAUCAAAACAAAAGAUUCGCUCUGGGAGGUGCAAAUGGCCAUCAUCUUAGAGGGAUUUACCUUUGCAGGCGAUGCAGAAAAUAGAUGUCGACAUGCCCUGAGACUCAAUCCAUCCAACUGGCGCGCUUCUUACUAUCUAGCCCGUGUAAUAGCCUCCAACACCGAAGCAAUCGGAAUCCUAAAGGCAAUCACGGAACGACUUCAAGCGAACAAGAAGUGGAUGCAGGAGCCUUGCAACAAAAAGGCACUCGCGCAAAUGUUCUUCGAAAUGGGACAAAAGUAUUGGGCGGCGCAACAGUUUGACCUGGCUACGCAGUCUCAUACUAAAUCCCUUGAAACUAACUUUACCGGCUACGACCGGGUUCUAAAUAUAUUUGACCAGUACAGCGGUAAAGACCGAUGGGACGAUAUCGUCGCUAUGCUGGAGAUGAUCGAUAAGUCUCCCCAGGCAGAUCUUUUCCAGAUGCUGGUUUACCUGGCCAGGAAGGAAACCAUCCACGAUAUCCUCCUUCAAACCGCCCUCGAAACAGGCCGAUUCGACCUACUGGUCAGAAUAUACGAUGGCGCCAUACAAUAUGCGACAGAAACAAAGGCCUUCGUCGACCUUUACUACAUCCGCUACCAUUACGCCAAUGCUCUCUACCAGCGCCCCGACAGCGAAGAACGAGCCAUUGAUAUCUGGGAAACAGCACUAAAGGAAGACCUUCCCCGUUCUUAUCUAGACCUGGAAGCCACACUCCCGGGUCUCAUCGUGAAACUGGCUCCGGUGUAUUUGCGUAAAGCGCGUGCUGCAGGCCGUGACUCUGAGGCCGCAAAUGCAUACCUCGGUCGAAUCCUGAGUAUCCUCCCUAGUGAGGUGGCGGAGAAUAACAUGGUUUUUCCUGCGAAGCUGUACCUAGCACGGUACUACCACGUCCAGGGCGACGUGCUGAGGGCUAAACAAGUCGCGAGGAGCGUAGUAAAAAUGGCACUGGAGAUUCUCUCCGAUGACGACGAGGAAAACGACUACCUCGCCUACUGGAGACUUCUCCUCGUAUUCCUCCCACUAGGAGACGAGAAAAACGCCUUUGCAGCCGUUGCAAUGGCAGCCCUAGCAAAUGAAACACCCUUCGACGACAACGCCAGCGAAGAAACCGAAGAAACAGAAGCCGAAGCCGAAGACGAAGAACCACCCCUAACAAAACCAAAACGAAUCCUAACUCCUCCAAAGGCAAUCCUGGACGGCAACUAUGACGGCGACGAAAGCAGCACAGAUUCCGACUCUAACUCCGACACCCCAGAACCAGAAUCGGAUUACGAAGACAACCGCCCUCGAUCCUCUGUAUUCGCCAUCUGUGAUGGUGAAUGCGGCCACUGCUGGAACUCAGCUAGUGAAAUGUGGUGGUGCAAGGAUUGUAUCAACAUCACCUUCGACGGGGCGUGUUACCAGAAACUGAAGCAUGGAUGGCUGCCGCUGAAUGUGUGCGGUAAGGAUCAUGAGUUUUUGCAUAUUCCUAAAUGGGAUGAGGUGAAUAUGAGUAAGAUUCCUAAGGGUUAUGUGCCGUAUGGCGAGAAAGGGAUUUCGUUGGAAGAGUGGAAGAGGGAGAUUAGGAGGGAUUAUGUGGAUUUUGAGGGUUAG